AUGGCGCGCCUCCUCCGGGCGCUCUGCGGCCUCCGCUUCCGGGAGACGCCUCUGCGGGUUGUGCGAAGCCGUGCGGGUACCGGUGGCCUUGGCGCGAGGCACAAACCUAGGGAAGCAGGGUCUCUGACAAAGUGUGAGCCAUCUCUUGCCAAGAGUGACUGGCAAAGGAAACUGACCACAGAGCAAUUCUACGUUACGAGAGAAAAAGGAACUGAACCGCCUUUCAGUGGGAUCUACCUGAAUACCAAGGAGGCAGGGAUGUAGCACUGUGUGAGCUGUGAUAGUCCACUCUUCAGUUCUGAAAAAAAGUACUGCUCUGGCACUGGGUGGCCUUUAUUUUCUGAGGCUCAUGGUACAUCUGGCUGUGAUGAAAGUAACACUGGGAUCCUGAGACGUCUGGACACUUCAUUAGGAUUGGCUCACACAGAGGUUGUCUGCAAGCAGUGUGAAGCUCAUCUUGGCCGUGUAUUUCCUGAUGGACCUGAGCCCACUGGUCAGAGGUUUUGCAUCAACAGUGUGGCUCUGAAGUUUAAACCAAGUAAACACUGAUUAUCUCAAGAGCCCCUUUCUCUUCCACUCCUUCAUUUACAUCCUCAAUUUUUAAUGCAUAUAAAUGAUUCAUUUUAUUUACAAUAGCAAGGCAAGCUUGCUACUGUCACCAAGAGUGUCACGGCUUCUCUUAUUUAUCUGUCUUGAAGCAGAUCAACCCUGACUUCUGCUUUGACUGUGGUAUUUCACAAAAUGAUGGAGGGAUAGCUAUUGGCUGCUGUAGGCUUUGCCUGGAACAAAAGAGUAUGAUUCUUUGGGGACCUAGGAGGUUGAUGGACUAGUAAGCCAAAAAUUUCCUCCAAAAUGUCCCUCAACUUCCCACUGCAGUUAAGUCCUUCAUGGACAUGCUAGGUGAGGGAUCAAGUGCAAAGAGGUAGGAAAAUCAGUAUGGGAUCAGGGUAAUCAAAAUCUUAGCUUUGAAAGAGGCAUCAAAGUGUAGGGUUGUGGGAGAGCUGUGCUUUGGGAGACACAUAUGGUCAUCAGUGGGAUGCAUGACUUUUUUGAAAUUUUAGAAUGUUUUGAACAUUCUAGUUCCAAACUUUCUACCCACAAAUAAGCUCCAAUGGGAGCUUUUUAUAUUUCAGUGAUAAUGAAUGAUAUUCACCCUCAUCCCUUUUGCCUAGAAAGAUAAACUUUGAAAUGUUCAAAUAAAAUUUUUACUGGAAUUUGUUUGAUUUUUGUCUAAGUCUGUAUUUACUCUUUUAUAAAAAUGACACUAAAUCAAAAUGACAAAAAAUGGUUAGAUCACAUGGUAGUAAGCAUUUGGCUAUACCAAGACUUGGCAACUCAGGUGUUUUACAUAUUGAGAGACUUGAUUAAUUUGUUACUGGAAUUGUUUAAAUCAUUCUCUUUGAGACUUUAUGGGUAGAAAAAAACUUAAUUAUUCCAUUUUCUCUCUAUUAAUUGGUUAGUUGUGCAUUGUUUUAUUAUUCUUUUAGUGAUUACCCUGGAAAUCACCAUAUGCAUUUUUAACUUGCACAGUCAUUUACAAAUGACUACUUUUUUCUGCUUCUCCAAGAAUGCUAAUCUUAGAACAUUUUAACACCAUUAACUCCUUCCCAGAGCUUAUAUUAUUAUUGUUAUAUGUUUAUUUUUACAUAUAACUUUAAACCCCAUAGUUCAUUAUUUGUAA